AUGAAAGAAACAAAAAAAAAUAAAAAGAACAAUAAUAGAUAAUUUCUUGGUUUCAAGAAUAUCAUGCAAUUGUUCAUUUAUGAAAACUUAACAGAAUUAAAACUUAAAGAAGUCUUGAUUAAAUUAAUAAGUAUUUUCAUUGUAGUCUCCUAAAUAAAGUAAUAGAAUAAUCGGAAUUAAUUUUUUAUUACUCCAAGAAGAAGAAGAGAAUUUUUAAUAUAAGGUAUACCAUUAUAAAAAUGAUUAUAUAAUAAUAAUGUCAUAAAGUGAUGAAAAUGAUUAAUUCCAACAAAUAUUAAAUUCACUUGAAAUCAGCAAACGAAAGAUGAGUAUUUCUGUUCAUCAGUCUAAACUAUUGGAGGAAUCUAAAAGUUUAAUAUUGAUAAUAUAAUUUUUUAGAAUAAUAAAGUAGAAGAUUUACGAUGGAGCUGCCAAAAAAUAUUGAAGCUUCACAAUCUUAAAAAGAAAGAAUCAUUACUAAUCAUCUUUUAAAAGAUUUAGCCCCAUUAGAUAAAUAGAAUGAUGAAAAUCUCAAAACUCCCUAAGUACCACCAACAAAUAAAAUAAAAACCAUUAAAAAAGGAAUUUUAUUAUUAGGUUAAAAGUUUCAUAAAGAUUUAAGUUUCUAUUUAAAAGCUCUGGAACCUUUAGACUUUUAAGAAUUAUAAUAAUCAAAUGAAUUGUUAAUAUAAAAUGCAUUAUGCGCUGGCAAAUAUGUAAAUGAUUAUGGUCUUUUUUGUGUUUUAAAGGAAGCCUUAAAUAAAAAGAAUAUCAAGACAAUAAUCUAGUAAGAUUGUAUAUUAGAUGAAGAUGGUAAUUUCGCUGGGAUUCCAUAAAAUACUAAACAUUUAAGAAAGUCUUUGGGUUUACAGGAGCUUCAUUAUUGUAGUGGAAAAAUUUCAUUAUUAAAAUUUCAUAUUAAUAAUAGAUUUAAUUUAAGUAAUUACUUAUUUUGGUCUAAAGAGGUUGAGAAAUUAGAAGGUAUUUUUAAAGAAAACCUAAUAAAUAAAGAUUAACAAAUAUUAAUGAUAAGAAUAGAAGAAUCAUAUUUAGAAUUUACUAUUCCUGAAUUUGAUGAUAAUCAAUCUUCAUUAUUUAUUUAAAAAUUGAGGUAAUAAAACUUAGAUGUUUAAGUCUUACCACUAAUUACUCAUUUUACAUUUAGAAUGUCAGAUUUAAAUCCUUGGAUGAAUAAAGAGAUAAAUAAAGAAUGGAAAUUGUUUUCUCUUUAAUGUGAUCAAUAAUAAUGUAUUGGAUAUAUAGAUAUGAAUUAACCUACUAUCUUUAAUGAAAUUCCUAGUCCAAAAACUUUGGCUAUCAAACUUUAUGGAGAAAUUCAUCAAUAUUAACUAGUUUUAUAAAUGAGUGAAAAAUAAGUGAUGGGAAUUCUAUUAAGAGACAAAGCUUGA